GGCGGGGACUUCGGGAAGUGAGGGUAGAGCAGCAGGCCAGGGUGGCCCAGAGAGUCAGGGUGGCGGUGACUCAGCGCACGGCAUGGCCUCGGGGGAAUCCGUGGACCGGCUGCGCGACGAGGCCCGCUGCCCUGUGUGCUUGGACUUCCUGCAGGAGCCAGUCAGCGUGGACUGCGGCCACAGCUUCUGCCGCGCCUGCAUCUCCGAGCUGUGCGACAAGGCAGACAGCGCCCGCGGUGGCGUCUACGCCUGCCCCCAGUGCCGGGCCCCCUUCAGGCCCUCGAGCCUGCGGCCCAACCGGCAGCUGGCCGGGCUAGUGGACAGCGUGCGGCGCCUGGGGCUGGCGGCCAUCCCGGCGGGGGCGCGGCGGUGCGCUCGACAUGGGGAGCCGCUGAGCCGCUUCUGCGAGGAGGACCGCACUGCACUGUGCUGGGUGUGCGCGGCCGCGGAGCACCGGGGCCACCGCUCAGCGCCGCUGCCCGAGGCGGCUGCGCGUUACCAGGUGAAGCUCCGGCGGGCCCUGGAGCAUGUGCGGAAGGAGCUGGAGGAGGCCUUGGCACAGGAGGCCAACGUGGGAAAGAAGACCGUGAUCUGGAAGGAGAAGGUGGAAGCACAGAGGCAGCGCUUCCGGCUGGAGUUUGAGAAGCACCGUGGCUACCUGGCCAUGGAGGAGCAGCUGCAGCUGCGGGGGCUGGAGGAGGAGGAGCGGGCCACGCUGCAGAGGCUGCGGGACAGCAAGAGCCGGCUGGCACAGCACAACAAGGCCCUGAAGGAGCUGGCCGAAGAGCUGGAACAGCGGUGUCGGAGCCCAGAUCUUGACCUGCUAGAGGGAGUAGGAGGAGCCUUGAGCAGAGGUGAGGCCGUUGCCCCACUGGAGCUGGAGACUGUGCCCAUGGAGCUGAGGACCCUGUGCCGCAUCCCUGGCUUGAGGGACAUGCUGAGGAGGUUCUGGGUGGACAUCAAGUUGGACCCUGCCACGGCGCACCCCAGCCUGCUGCUGACCGCCGACCUGCGCAGCGUCCAAGAUGGGGAGCACUGGAGGGCCGUCCCAGGCAACCCUGAGCGCUUCGACACGUGGCCAUGCGUGCUGGGCUUACAGACCUUCUGCUCAGGGCGCCACUACUGGGAAGUGGCCGUGGGCGAGGGCGCCGAGUGGGGCCUGGGCGUGUGCCGGGACGGCGUUGCCCGAAAAGGGGAGCACACGCCGUCCCCUGAGCAUGGAGUCUGGGCCGUGUGGCUGCUGCGGGAAGACGAAUACCUGGUGCUGGCCUCGCCCCCGGUGCCCCGUGCGCGCCCUUGGCGGCCCCGCUGCGUGGGCGUGUUCCUGGACUACGAGGCGGGGGAAGUCUCCUUCUAUGACGCGCCCGCCGGCGUGCACAUCUACACGUUCAGCCACCUGUUCUCAGGCGCGCUGCGGCCCUACUUCUUCGUCUGCGACCGGACUCCGCUGCUCCUGCGGCCUCUGAGGGACGUGGGCGCCGGGAUGGGGCCUGCCUGAGACCGGGGACUGUCCAGCCCUGGCUGCGCUGGUCCUGCUGUGCAACCCUCACCUCCAAGGAAGCUGUCCGGAGUGCUGCGUGGAGGAGGACGGCACGGGGUGGAGGCUGCAGCUGCGGAGCGGCCUCCCCAGGCCCACCAAGCCAAGGCACUGAGCGCGCUGCCUGAGGCGUCACCUCUAGAGCUCCCUUAGCCUCCCGGGCCCUGCCUUACCUUGUUUGUUGACUGACUGACCUGUUGCUUGGCACUUCUUGUUGCUGACCCUCCGCUCGCUCUCAUGUCCGGCUGUGAGAUGUGGAUCAGGAACAGCCGGGUGCAGCUCCCGCACCUGCCGCCUCCUCUCGCCUCUGAGAUCCCUGAGUCCGGCAUUACCCACGCUUGGUGCCCGCGCUUGCCCUGGCUUCGUACUUCACCUGGUCGCAGCUUUAACGUGGGAACUCUUCCCGUUUCGGGUCAGACAGGCCCUAAACCCAGAGGCAGGAUGGCUGCUAAGCCCUCAGUCAGCUGCUGGUUCUGGCACCUGGGGCAGCCACGGCCCCUCGGAGAUCUGGUUCAUGUUGAAGGUCUCAUGGUCAGCCUUCCCAGGAAAUGCUGAGCAGAAGGA